GACAACGACGACGGCGGCGGCGGUGGCCACAGAUCCACACAUCCUCCUUAAUAAACAAUCGGCACCCCAGUCCACUCCCCCUCCACGCGCGCGCGAGAUCGAGAGGACCAGGCGCCAUGGGGAAGCAGCAGCAGCAGCCCAAGCCGGCCCCCGCGGCGCCGCCGCCCCAGCCGUCCAAGACGGCGCACUCGCCGUUGUUAACCUACGCCUCCAUGGUCACGCUCUUGUCCCUCUGCCCGCCCUUCGUCAUCCUCCUGUGGUACACCAUGGUGCACGCGGACGGAUCGGUGCUGCAGAUCUACGAGCACCUCCGCGACCACGGGAUCCUGGAGGGGCUCAAGGCCAUCUGGCCCGCGCCCACCCUCGUCGCCGGGAAGAUCAUCCUCGGCUUCGCUCUCUUCGAGGCCGCCCUGCAGCUGCUCCUCCCUGGGAAGCGCUUCGAGGGGCCCAUCUCGCCCUCCGGCAAUGUGCCCGUCUACAAGGCAAAUGGUUUACUAGCAUAUGCAGUGACUUUGCUCACCUACCUAAGCCUCUGGUGGUUUGGAAUUUUUAACCCUGCGAUAGUGUAUGAUCACCUGGGAGAGAUAUACUCUGCUCUGGUCUUUGGAAGCCUUGUGUUCUGUUUAUUGCUGUACAUAAAGGGCCAUGUAGCACCAUCUUCAUCUGAUUCCGGAUCCGCAGGGAAUGUGAUAAUUGAUUUCUACUGGGGAAUGGAACUAUAUCCGCGGAUUGGUAAGCACUUCGAUAUCAAAGUCUUCACAAACUGCCGUUUUGGGAUGAUGUCCUGGGCUGUUCUUGCUGUAACCUACUGCAUAAAGCAGUAUGAAAUGAAUGGCCGAGUUGCAGACUCCAUGCUUGUGAAUACUGCACUGAUGUUGAUCUAUAUCACAAAGUUUUUCUGGUGGGAGUCUGGAUAUUGGUGUACUAUGGACAUUGCACAUGAUAGAGCUGGUUUCUACAUUUGCUGGGGAUGCUUGGUAUGGGUUCCAUCAAUUUACACCUCUCCUGGAAUGUACCUUGUCAAUCAUCCUGUGAAUUUGGGUCCCCAGCUAGCACUCUCGAUUCUCCUUGCUGGAAUAUUGUGCAUAUACAUAAACUAUGACUGUGAUCGUCAGCGCCAAGAAUUUCGCCGGACAAACGGGAAAGCCACAGUCUGGGGCAAAGCCCCGUCAAAGAUUAUUGCUUCCUAUCAGACAACAAAGGGAGAAACAAAAACCAGUCUUCUCUUGACUUCUGGAUGGUGGGGCUUUUCUCGUCACUUUCACUAUGCCCCAGAGAUCCUAGCAGCAUUUUUCUGGACCGUUCCAGCUCUUUUCACUCAUUUUAUGCCAUACUUCUAUGUGAUAUUUCUGACCAUUCUACUGCUUGACCGAGCGAAGAGGGAUGAUGAUAGAUGCUCAACAAAGUACGGCAAGUACUGGAAGAUGUACUGCAACAGAGUACCUUACAGGGUUGUUCCUGGUAUUUACUGAAUGGUGUACUCUGCAACUCACGAGAAGAAAGCAAGAUUUGUGCUUGCUAAUCUUCUGAUGUGGUAGCUGUAUGUACUGAGCAGAGUCAUACACGUAUACAUCCAGUACACCGAUCAAUGUACUGAGCAGAGGACCUGUGGCCUGUGGGGUAUGAGCUCAGUGAGGCAUGGGAAAUGGACAAUAGUAUAUCAGGAAUUUGGGGUUUGCAGGCUCUCUCAUGUACUAGUACAACUUCUAUGGGUUCAGGGAGUAUUAAGUCAGUAUUAAACUCUUAUGCACCGAUUAAACAUCUCUACUUCUUUUACAACAACUUGCUCAUAGCUCUGUUGAAAAGGGCCUUUUCCUUGUACCAUGGCCUUAUCAAAUUGGGCAAUAAGUUGUGGGCUGUAGAAAAUGCAGCCAUGCAGGCAAGACUGAUACAGGCUUUUCACUUGGCUUAGAGCAUGGUUAAUAGUACACUUAUGCUAUAUGAUGUUAUCAUGUCACCUAUAAUCAAGCUUAUUGUCGGUAAAUACAAUAAAUAGAUAUAAAGAUUCUACUUUA